AUGAGCGCGCACACAAUGCCGCAGGAGCCAUCGGCAUCUGCCAACGAUGAUGGAAACCAACCCUCAGGACCCAAUGACUGUAGGGCAGACUCUGGCGAGGACAAUCACAAGAGAGAAAAUGGUGCCAUUGGUCGUUUCUUCCCUCUGCAUCCUCUUGCUGCUUUGGCCAUUAUGCCCCUGCUACCGACUUGGCUGUUUUUGAAUCGAGGCUACACACAAUGGUUCCACUGGUGCUUUGUCUUUUACAUGGUCACAGGCGGAAAGCUGGAGUGGUGGAGACGUUUCCUCGUCAUUCAAGGAGCUGAAAUAUCCAUGGGGUGGUAUGCUGCAGUGGUCUACGAGUAUGUAUGGCAUUCUCGCUUUUGCCAUAUCCUCUACAACAACAUGCCCCCAUCCAUGAAGGCCGAAAUGCUCGUCAAUGGCUCCAUGGCCAGUGGAGGAAUCAUCACCAACAAUCCGACUGCAAUUGCCAAUAUUACCUUGUCGCAUAUUAUUGAUAUUUUGGCGCAUCCCCUCCUGACUUUUCUAGUCUACAAGAUUCAUCGGUCCAAGGGAGGAACGAUUCGCAGUCUCAUGCAAUGGGAUAUCCUUGUAUCAACCUACGCGCUCAGUCGCCUCUACAGUUGCACCCACCUAUACCACAACCAAGGAAAGGUGGGGCUUUUCUAUUAUGGAUAUGAGGUUUACAACAUCGACAAUGUGAAUGCCUACACACCCGCCUACAUUGCAGAAGCGGGCUUUUACGUGGCGUUGAUCUGCUAUAAGUUGUAUCAUCAAUGGAACAUGCAUCGUCUACGCCUCAAGAUCCGUGUGACUGGCAGUGACAGGCGUCGCAGGAGAUCCAUGGAAUUGCAGAAACUGUCCAAGAAGAGACUGUCGGAACGAAAGCCCCUGCUCAUGCAAAGUAGUUCUUGCUUCUCAACCGACGGCAAGCAGUUGGACGACGAUGACGAUUUAGAAAGAACUUGUUGA